CGGAUACGCCGUACUCCGGACCCAAACCAGACACCGCGGCCCAAAACCAAUCAGAGCGCCGCAGCCAACGCGUGACGCAGCCAUGGCCGCCACCUCCUCGCCGCUCACCACGCUCCAACCCUCCCUCCGCUCCUCCACCCCUUCCUCGCACUACAUGUCGGCGCUGCCUCGGCGGCGAAGGCCCCGUGCGCGGUAUCCUCGCAUCCAGGCCGACCUCGACCAGAACACGAUUGUGGCCAUAUCGGUCGGCGUCGUCAGCCUCGCCGUCGGGAUAGGCGUCCCGGUGUUCUACGAGACGCAAAUCGACAAUGCUGCAAAGAGGGAGAACACACAGCCGUGCUUCCCCUGCAGCGGCUCCGGCGCGCAGGUAUGCAGGUUUUGCGGUGGAAAGGGCAAUGUUACUGUUGUAAUUGGCGGAGGUGAGACUGAAGUAUCACAGUGCGUCAACUGUGAGGGAAUUGGCUCCUUGACAUGCACCACAUGCCAAGGCACAGGAAUUCAACCACGCUAUCUUGAUCGUAGGGAGUUCAAGGAUGAUGACUGAAGGUUUCGUUACCUGCUAGUGAUGGUAUGUCCAGGAUGUAACCUUUACUGCCUGAUCUGAGGACGCCAGGGCAUGAUGAGAAGAGGUGUACCUAUUAUCAGCCAUCAGGAUCAAUCUGUUUGUUUUGUGUUGUAAUGUAUACGUCCAUUUUUGGUAAAUAUGUAUGUAAGUUUUUAAGUCGCAUGCAAAUGACUGCCCUCAAUGUUUCAAAAUGAAAGGAAAAAAACGACUACGCAAGAUGAUGACUGAAGUUGAAGUGUCGAUCAGUCUGCAAUGAAUGUAACAUACCGUCUUCUUUUAAUUUUCGGAGCUAGCACCACUCGUCUGACUCUCCA